UAUAAGUUAAAAUGUUUAGGAAUUUUCCGCUUCCGGUUUGUAAACGGUGUUACUUUCAUUUGUGUUGUACUUCUAAAUGUGCCACGGUCCUUUCAUCGAGACUUAUUUUGAGUUAUGUUUUUACUAAAUUAACCAAAACAUUCAGUCCUUCGUACAAAUUUGUGCACAACUGACGGUCUGCUCCAGCGCAGUAACAAGACAUUAACCUGGGAAACAUGGAUCAUCCAACUUGUAUUUUGGAACAAUUGAAGCAGCUUGUUGUAAAAACUGCUCCUCAAACAGUGUUUUACAUCCCAGAUUUUAUAUCCGAAGAGGAGGAAUCCUACCUUCUGCAACAGGUCUAUAAGUCUCCCAAAACUAAAUGGACUUAUUUGUCAGGUAGAAGGCUCCAGAACUGGGGAGGGUCACCCCAUCCCAGAGGCAUGCUGGCAGAGACGAUUCCUGACUGGCUCCAGACUUACUGUGAGAAAAUAUCUUCUCUUGGCGCGUUCAGUGGGAAAACCGCCAACCAUGUGUUGGUGAACGAGUAUAAACAAGGUGAAGGGAUUAUGCCUCAUGAAGAUGGUCCACUGUAUCACCCCACUGUCACUACUGUCAGCCUGGGAUCCCACACCCUGCUGGACUUCUACAGACCCGUCAGCAGCCUGGAGGACGAAGCACCGCAGACCGAGGAGAACCGAUUCCUGUUCUCCCUGCUGCUACAGCCACGCAGUCUUCUGAUCCUGCAGGAUGAGAUGUACCAGCAUCUCCUUCAUGGCAUUCAGAGCUGUUCCCAGGACAACCUAACAGACCAGGUGCUAAACCUGUCUGCUGCUGGAGCCCAGCUCGGAGAGACGCUGACCCGAGGAACCAGGGUGUCCCUCACCAUCAGACACGUGCCCAAAGUUAUAAAAACAAAACUAAUGUUGGGAAGGAAAUGAUGGAAUCGCUUCAGCACAGUCACCACGAGUUGAUUAAAUAUAUUAAAAAAAUUAAUUUAAUUAAGACUUGAUAACCUCUUGAAGCUUCAUAUUGUACUAAAGUUGAUUUAUUUUUAAGGAAAGCAUGUACAUAAAUAUGACCUAGCUUUAAAAGGGAAUGUCUUCAGCAUUGUCCUAGAGAGUUCCAGUAUGGGUUUGGUUUAAAUGUACUGCAACAUUUGUAACGAUUUAACAAAUCUUGAUAUGAUAACAGAUGUAACUGAUUAAUGAGAAUAUUGUAUUUAAAUGUUCUGGAGUUUUAUUCUGAAAGGGAAGCAGCUGUUUGUUUUCAAAUCCAUCUUUCAGUGAUUCUCAUGCAAAAUGAAUAUUAAAACUGGUUUGCUCAUUUCUUA